AUGGACGACAUUUUCAUGGACACAGCCAAGGCUCUUCAGGCUAUUGAAGAGCUGAACGCCGAACCCAUCUCCAUCAUCAAGCUGAGCGAGCCCAUCUCAAGCGAAGCGACACAGAGUGAAGACGCGCGCCAACGGACCUCGGACGCGUCCAGUGCCUCUCUAGAUGCGCCCACGCCAGCUGGUCUGGAAGCCGACCUGGCACAUUACAAAGAGCUCUUUGCAAAGCUUCGCUUUUCCUACGUUGAGCAGGUCACAAAGGAGAAAUUCAUCCGUGCUAUUGUCGGGGAUCCGCCGCUCAUCGUCACCAUGCAAGAGAAUCUGGAGCUCGAGAAGGAGAACGCCGCCGUCAAGUCUGAGCUCAAGGCACUGAAGCUAGAGGUGGCGGACAUGGUCGAGGAGCUCGAGCGCAAGGGGAGGGAACUCAGUCGGCGCUACGAGACUGUCCAGCUCGAGACAGCCAAGCUAAGAGAUCUGCCGCAGAAGAACAAGCAGCUGGAGGAGAGGAUCGCGGCACUCAAGGCAGAGCAGGACCUCACUGGUACAGACCCGAGCAUGAACCUUCCUCUCGCCAAGACGCAGGAGCUUGUUGCCAAGCGUCAACGCGAGCAAGCCGAGUUGGCGCGCGAGCUCGAGGCACUGCAGGCAAAGGUGCCGCGCAAGAAGAAGGAGGCGGAGAGACUACACGCGGAGUUACAGCCGUUGGAGACUAAGCGGCAGAACGGCAUGGCUGCGGCCAGAGAGGCGCAGAGGAGGAAAGAGGCCGCCCUCGGGGGCGCAGCGGAUGAUUUGGAGCAGCGGGCGCGCUGGUGGAGGGCCAACGAAGCGAUCUUGAAGCAGGCCCUGGACAUUGAGUCUUGA